CUUGUAUAUAUCUAAACCCUGUUGGAGGAAACCGUGUUCUCGACGGCGAUUUCUCUAAUGAAAACCGAGGGUCUUCCUUCACCUCUCCAAAUGGCCCAAGAGAUAUCGAGCAUGUUUUUACUUGUAUUUGUAUCUCUGUUCCACAGUAUAUUGCAGAUUUUGCAAUCUAAUAUACUGUGGGACUUUUUAUUAUUCGAGAGCUUCUUUUGUUCUAGUCCCUUCUGUUUACAGUUGUUGCAAACCUAAAUAGUUGCUUCGACGUUCGGAACUCAUUUAUGCCCACCAGGACAUUCUUGUACUGCCUUGAUCUCUGGAGGAGUUCCUUCUGUAGUAUCCCCGUGACGCCGCUAACAU